AUGAGUACAUUAGUGGUAUGCUUCAGCCUCUAUCAAAUAAGUAAAACAACAGCGAAAGCCAAAUAUAUUGAAAUGACAUUAUAUAUAUCUUGCAUGUUAACGCAAAUCUUCUUCUAUUGCUGGUAUGGAAACGAACUAAAGAUAAAGAGUCAUCAAAUGAUUGAUAAAAUUUUCGAAAUGGAAUGGCUGGAAUUGGAUGAAAAUAAAAAAAAAUCUCUAAUGAUAAUAAUGAAGCGGGCAAUUGUGCCUAUUCAGAUUACCUGUGCUUAUAUUAUUCCCAUGAAUCUUAGUUCUUUCGUGGGUAUACUUAAGACAUCGUACUCCACGUACAACUUACUUGAAAAAAUGCGGACGUAA